GUAGCAAAACCAAUCUGCCUUGCCAAGACUCCGGCAAUCAGACACUUCUAUUUAUAGUCAUUCCCCAAAACAACUCUUAAUUUCCAUUAACAGCGGUAAUCAGGAGAUUAGCAAACACAAUAAAAUCAAACAAGUGAAAUCAUCGACCAGGGCGCUAGUAUUCUCCAGGAUCGAGAGUAAAUAAGUUCAGGGGAGUCAGCAGUCAUGCUUGGAGGAAAUGGUGAUGUUCAAAAGGCUCACAGUACUGCUGAGAUGCCAUGGUCAACUGGAUUAUUUAGCUGCCAUGAAAACUUGAAAAAUGCUCUACUCACGACGGUGUUGCCAUGCGUAACGUUUGGGCAGAUAGCUGAGAUUGUCGACGAAGGAGAAACAAAUUCUGCUAAGGCUGGUUUCAUCUGUUGUCUGACUGCAAAUAUACCGUGCUGGGGAAAAUUGAAGGGUUGCAAGUACAGGGGAAAAUUGAGGAGAAAAUUUAAUUUGGUUGAGGAACCGUUGGGAGAUUCACUGUCUCAUGUGCUUUGUCCAUUGUGUUCACUUUGUCAGGAAUUCCGAGAACUCAAAAAUAGAGGACUUGAUCCUUCCCUAGGAUGGGAGGAAGCAAGUAUUGUGGCUCAAAACAAGAUUCCCCCGGUUAACCAAACUAUGUUCAAGUAGUUAGUAUUGGUUGUCGUCAAAAAGAUAUGGGUACUUGCUCGUGAAUUUGUGAUAGUGUGAUCUUUUCAUGUACUUUUGUUUCCAAAUCGUGUCCUUUGAAAUCAGUUAUUAUUAGUAUUGCUGUCUAAUGUACUUGGUCUUUUAGUUUCUGAUUGUGUAUAGGUUGGGAUUUCUUAGUUUGUUACAGAUUGGAACUUGAAUGCUGUUGGUACAAAUAAGGAAAUGAAUAUAUUUUACCUAUGGGGUGGCUGAGAAAUUUAUGUUGUACUGUACUACUGUUAAUGAAUAUUGAGCAACAAUCUAAUAGA